AAUAUGAAAAAGAAAAUCCUAUAUUCAACACAGAAAAAAAUUUAACUGAAAAAAUCAUAGAAAAUAAGCUUAUUGGUAAGAUAUGUUCGCCUUUUUAUUUAACUUAUAAAACAGAGUUAUAUAUUAUAUUUGAAAAAGAAAUAAUAAAAAAAAAAUUUAUUUCAUCCAUGAAUAUUCGAUCUUUUAGAUCUUUUUGUGCGAAAUUUUUCAAAAUCAAUCCUUUUGAUUUCACAAUUUCAUAUCUAGAAGGAUCAUAUAAAAUAAUUUAUAUAGACGAUGAUUCAAAAUUACUUUCUUUUUAUAAUCUAACUUCAGGAGAAACAAUAUAUAUAAAACAAAAUAAACCAGAAAACUAUACACAACAGUAGCAUAUUAUAUAUAUACUAAGGAUAUAUAUAAUUAUAUUGACAAUUUAUAUUUUUCAUUAAAAUUUCGAAAUCUAAAAAAUUAUUUUUAAAUAUUAUUUUAUCAAUCAUUUUUUUAAAAAAUAUGCCUCCUAAAAAACAAGCAUCAGAAGAAAAUAAAAUAUUUUUAGGACAUCCUGGUAAUAAUCUUAAGAGUGGUAUUGUUGGAUUAGCCAAUGUUGGGAAAAGUACAUUAUUUCAAGUAAUAACUAAAUCAAAUCUUGGGAAUCCAGCAAACUUUCCAUACGCAACUAUUGAUCCAGAAGAAGCACGAGUUGCUGUUCCAGAUGAAAAUUUUGAUUGGCUUUGCAAUUUAUAUAAUCCUUUAUCUAAAAUACCAGCUUUUCUUACAAUAUUCGACAUUGCUGGUUUAACUAAAGGCGCGAGUACAGGAGAAGGGCUUGGCAAUGCAUUUUUAAGUCAUAUUAGAGCGGUUGACGCCAUUUUUCAUUUAGUUCGUGCAUUUGAUGAUACAGAAAUCAUUCAUAUUGAGGGUGAUGUUGAUCCAUGUCGGGAUCUUCAGAUUGUACAUGACGAAUUAUUAAUUAAAGAUACUGAAUUUGUCAAUAAACAUUUAGAAGGACUAAAAAGAAUAACAAGCAGAGGAGGGCAAUCUCUCGAACUUAAAGCAAAUAAAGAGAAACAGGCGGUUGUUGAGAAAGUUCUGUAUCAACUUGAAACGGAAAAGAAGGAAGUACGGAAAUGUACUUGGACUAAUAAAGAGAUUGAAAUAAUAAAUUCAUUGUUUCUAUUAACGGCAAAACCCGUUAUUUAUCUUGUUAACUUAAGUGAAAAAGACUAUCUUCGACAAAAAAACAAAUGGCUUCCUAAAAUAGUUACUUGGGUAAAUAAUAAUAGUCCUGGAGAUAUUAUUAUUCCUAUUUCUGUUAUUUUUGAAAAGCGUUUAUCGCAAAUGACAGAUAGCGAAGCUCUAGAAGAAUGUAAACGACUUGGAACUAAAUCAAUACUUCCCAAAAUUGUUACUACUGGCUACUCUAGUUUAAAUUUGAUGCAUUAUUUUACAUGUGGUUCAGAUGAAGUACGUGCAUGGACUAUUAGAAAGGAGACCAAGGCACCUGCAGCUGCAGGAGUUAUUCAUUCAGAUUUUGAAAAAAAUUUUGUAGUUGGGGAAAUAAUGAAAUUUAAUGAUUUAAAAGAAUUAGGGUCAGAAGCUGCUGUUAAAGCAGCAGGAAAAUAUAUGAUAAAAGGAAAAGAUUAUAUUGUGGAAGAAAAUGAUAUAAUAUAUUGGAAAGCAGGAAAAAAAUAA